AGUUUUUUUUUUUUUGAAUUUAAACCGGUUUCAGACAGUAUCUUACUCAAAUUCCGUUCGAAAUCAGGCCGUACAUUGCUUUAUAACCUUUGCUUAUAUAAUCUCCGUUGAGUUCCUCUUUAUCUUACGUUCUUUAUUACUUGUAGGGUCACAGGUCACUACCAUCUGAAACGUUCAUCUUUAACUCUCAUUUCUCUUCUUACAGAACUCAGAAACUCAGCCCUCCUUCUCUCAAUAGUUAAUGGCUACUCCGAGAAUCUAUGAACCCGAAACUCUCUCUCCAUGCCCCAGUUCAAGAAGCAGGAGGAGCAGCGAUUCAAACUCACCCGAGUUCGAGUUCUGGAUGGUCAGAAACCCCUCUUUUCCUCAGCCUAAUCUCCACUCAGCCGAUGAACUCUUUGUUGAUGGUGUUCUUCUGCCUCUUCACCUCCUUUCGCUCAAACCUUCCGACCCAACUGUCCCGAACCCGCUUCCAGAUCCUGAACCUGCCAACAAAGAGUCAGGUGACCCGGAGUCUGGACCUGGACCUGGACCCGGCCCUGGCCCUGAGUUGAUUCAUGUAACCACUGAGUCUGCAAACGGGUUGUCGAGUUCUAAGCGGUGGACGGACAUUUUCAGGAAAGGCGACAAGAAAGCUGUGACGAAGAACACGGAAGACAAUAAGGAUAAAGAGAAAGAGAAGAAGAGAGACAAGAAGAGUCAAAGUGGAGUGACUUCAGCGGAGUUGAAUAUCAAUAUUUGGCCUUUUUCAAGGAGUAGAUCCGCCGGGAAUGGCGGAACCCGACCCAGAUUGAUUCCCGGAGCUCCAGGGACCCGGAAAGUAAGCAGUGCGCCGUGUUCGAGGAGUAACUCAGCGGGUGAGUCGAAGUCAAGGAAGUGGCCAAGCAGCCCGGGUCGCCCCGGGGUUCAUCUGGGUCGGAGCAGCCCCAUUUGGCAAGUCAAGCGCGGCGGUGGAGGCUUAGGCGGGAGGAGCUCAGAAACUCUAUCUAGAAACGGUGAAAAAGUGGUCAGUAAAAAAGAAGUUAAAAGCAACAAGGCAAUCGGAAAUGGCAGUACCAGUACCACUAUUGGAAAAAUGAGGGUUUUGAAUAUGAACGUGAAUGUGCCAAUGUGUAUUGGGUACCGGCAUCAUUUGAGCUGUAGAAGUGAUGAAAACGGUGCACUAGGGGUUGUGGGUGCAGCUAAUAACAAGUCCACCACCACCACCACCACCGGGACUGUUAGCGGCGGCACAGACGGUGGCCAUGGCCAUGUUACAAAUAAUGGCAAUCUCUUCAACUUCCGCAGCCUAUUCAGCAAGAAGGUUUAUUAAACGAGUAUUAUUAUUAAUUAAUUAAUCAUUAACGCUACUAUCUCUUUUAUUAUAUGUUAAUUUUAUAGUACACCAGGCUUUAUUUAUUUAUUUCUUAUGUUUUUUUAUUGUGGUUGAUAUUCUUCUCUUGUGUAAACAACAGAUAAAUAGAGUUAAAAGUUAGCCA